CGGGAAAGCAAACGCGUGUAACGUUUGGUCGAGGAAACGUGGAUAUAUCGGGGCACUCCCGUGGAGGAAAAGCGAUAGUAGAGCAAGCGAGAAAGGAGUUUCGGCGAAAGGGGGGUGGGGGUUGUGAAAUGCAAGCAAGGAUGCAGAGGUGGUGUGGCGAAUCAGGACCAGUUUCAGGCCUGCGCUCACUCUUCAUACCCACGUUGCUGCGUGCCGUCGACGGAUCGUGACAGAAGAAAGAAGAAGAAGAAGAGGAGGAGUGUCUUCGGCCGAUCAAAGGAUCGAGAAAAAGAAGGAGAAGGAAAGAUAGAAGGACCAUGUUGGCUCGAGCGUUCUCCUCGAUUUUGUUGAUCAGUGGCGUGACCUUGGCGCAGUUUCGGUGCCCCGAGCCCAAAGGUUUCUUCCCGGAUCCGGAACAGUGCGACCUCUACUUCGCCUGCGUGGACGGCAAAGCGGAGGAGAAGCUUUGCAAGGAUGGGCUCGUGUUCAGGGACGACAACCCUAAGAAGGAGCUGUGCGACAUCCCGGCCAACGUGCCUUGCGGGGACAGAACUCUGCUUCAGGAGCCACAACCGAGCAAAGGAUGCCCCCGCGCCAACGGCUACUUCAAGCACGAGGAUCCAACCGCGUGCGAUCGUUUCGUGAACUGCAUCGACGGUGUUGCGCAGACGAUGCCCUGCCCACCCGGCCUCAUUUACGAGGACAAAAUGUCGAGUUGCGUGUGGCCGGCCGACGCAAGCAGGCUGUGCGAGAACGUGAAGAGGGACGUCCUCGACGACGGUUUCGUUUGCCCUGACGGCGACGUGCCCGGCCCGCUCGGCAGGAUUCUACCCCAUCCGACUUAUCCUCAUCCGGACGACUGCGCCAAAUUCUACAUCUGCAAGAAUGGCGUUGUCCCCCAGAAAGGGCAGUGCGAGCCUGGCACCGUUUACAGCGAGGACAGCUUCAAAUGUAUGGAUCCUGACAGCGUUCCCGGAUGCGAGGAUUACUACAAGAACAAAAACUAAUUAAAGACAAGGUGCCAGUUACUACAGCGAUACGUCUGUGACGCUUAAUUCUUUCUUUUUUUUUUUUUUUUUUUUUUUUUUUUACAUUU